AUGCAGAGGAGUUUGUUGAAUUUUUUCUCGCGGUCUUCCAAGCCAUUGACUGACUCUUCGAAUAAAACAUGUCCACCAGUAUUAGAAGACAAGAGCUCAUUAAUUGAGGUGUCUACAUGCCAUACUCCCUCAAACGUAUUUAAACCAGAGGUUUCUUCUGAAGACCUUACUUUGUCUGUUAGUAAAAGACGUCGGGUAAUCAUUGAUUCCAGCGACGAGGAUGAAAAUGAAACUUCCAUUCUGUCGGAGUCGAAAACAGAAACUCCAGCUAAACGUGAUUUAUCAAGUUUUUGCCACUCUCCUCAAUCAGUGAAAAAGCAAAAUUCCAAACAAAAGGAGGAUGCCGAUAUUUCGCAACUAGAGACAAGUGGAAUCACAGAGACCAAUGAGUCUUGCUUCGAUGACGACUGCAUGUCGUGGACUCACUUAAGUCUCCCUUUCUUAGAUCCGUGUAAGAUCAAAGAUGCAAAUGGUAGGAAACCGGAUCAUCCUAACUAUGACCCUUGCACACUAUAUGUCCCAGAAGAAUUUAAGGCUAAACAAACGCCAGGGAUGCGCCAAUGGUGGGAAAUGAAGUCGCGGUAUUAUGACGUAAUUCUAUUCUUUAAAGUCGGGAAGUUCUAUGAAAUGUACCAUAUGGAUGCCAUGGUCGGUGUUAAGGAACUGGGUUUAGUUUUUAUGAAGGGGAACUUCGCUCACUGUGGAUUUCCUGAGGUUGCUUUCGCUCGUAUGGCUGACCAACUUGUCCACAAAGGUUAUAAAAUUGCUCGUGUUGAACAGACGGAAUCGGUUGAUGCUAUGACAGAACGAUGUAGAGGGAAAUCUUCAAGUGAAAAAGUUGUUCGUAGAGAAAUAUGUCAACUUAUAACUCCAGGCACAUGCACAGCCAGUACUCGUUCGGAGAUUUCUGAUGUCAGAUCCCUUGUUAUAAACGAUGGAGAGUUUGAAGAUGAAAAUGCCAAGGAUUCCAUGGACUCUGUACAUUUGGAUUCGUAUCUGCUUGCACUGACUGAGCUGCAAAACAACGAGAAUAAUUGCUUUACUUUUGGGAUAGGUUUACUGAAUGCUUCCACUGGGAAGAUUAGCGUUGGUCAAUUUGUGGAUGAUCGCCACUGUUCCAGGUUACGUACAUUCUUAUCCCAUCAUUCUCCUAGCCAGUUGCUUGUAGAACAUGGGGCUACAGGAACAGCUAUAAGGUCCUUAUUAAAAACUUCUCUAUCGUGCAUCCCAACAGAAUAUCUUACUCCAACAAAGCAGUUUUGGAGUGCGAGGAAUACUGUCGAGGAGUUAGAGACGGCUGAGUAUUUUCCUAGACGGAAAUGUGACGACAGCAGUGGUUUAAACCAGCAACCUGAAACAUUUCCUGAGAAGGAAAAUUGGCCAAGUGUUCUCCUAAGCAUGCUAUCUGAAGAUGACCCAUUGGGGAGAACAGUAAAACCGGAAUGGGAGUUAGCUUAUCGGUGUCUUGGCGCUCUUGUGUAUUACUUGCGCUAUUGUCUAAUAGAUCACGAAAAUCGGGCUCCCACCGAACAGUUCUAUACCAAGCAGUCUUGUAUGGUUUUGGACAGUAUUACACUAUCUAACUUAGACAUAAUUAGAAACAAUGCGGAUGGUUCACAAGAAGGAACAUUGUUGCAGCGUCUUAAUACAUGUUGUACCUUUUUUGGACGCCGUUUGUUACGCCAAUGGAUCACUGCUCCACCGUGUAAUCCGAAUAUCAUCAGACAAAGACAAUUAUCAAUUGAAAAUCUUAUUCUUAUUGCUGAUAUGUUUCCAAAACUUCGAGAAAAAUUAAGUCAGUUACCUGACUUGGAACGUUUGGUUGUGAAAAUUCACUUGUUAGGCUGCAAAGGUGGUGAUAAGAAUCAUCCAGAUAAUAGAGCAAUUAUAUUUGAAGAAGUUCAGUAUUCUCGAAAGAAUAUUACUGAUUUCUUAAACACUUUGGAUGGAUUUGAACUAGGCUGUAAAAUAAUUCAUGAAAUAAGCCAUUCUGAAUUGAGCUCAGCGUAUCUGAAGAAUUUAGUGACUCUAACCAGUAUGGGAGGUAAAUUCCCUGAUAUCAUGGAGAAGAUAAAGUAUUUCAAGAAUGCUUUUGACGCGGAGAAAGCCAAACGUGAAGGGCGGAUAACUCCAGAGCCUGGAAUCGAUCCUGAUUAUGAUGCAUCGAUAUCAGAAAUCAAGAGAAUAAUCGGAGAUCUGGAUGCGUUUCUGAUGCAGUGGAGCAAAAAAUUCGGUAGUCGUCUUGUGUAUUGGGGAACUGGUCGAAAUCGUUAUCAAAUUGAAGUCCCAGAAUCUCUUGCUUCGCGUGUGCCUAACUCUUGGCAAUUAGCUUCACAAAGAAAAGGCGUUAAGCGUUAUAGAUGCAUGGAAACACAAGAAUGGUUAAGCGAAUUAACUGCUGCUGAAGAACGCAAAGAUGCUAGUUUGCGAUCAAUAAUGCGUCAUAUAUUUUCAAUGUUUAGCGAGUCGUUUACUCAGUGGCAUACAGCAAUGACCUGUUUGGCUGAAUUAGAUUGUCUAAUUGCUUUGUCAAUGUAUAGCACAAACGCUUUCGAUGUCAUGUGUCUUCCGGAAUUUAUCGAUUUGAAUUCAUUUACAAAACCAUUACUUCACAUUGUUGACGGAAUUCACCCAUGUCUAGUAAAUACCUUUUCUGGUGGAGACAUCAUUCCCAAUGACGUUGAACUUGGCGCCACUUCAAAACUAAGUUUGAAAGAUACGGAAAUGCAACAUUAUACUGUGAAUAGUAUGUUCAAUAAUGCCUCAGUAGUUCUUGUUACUGGCCCUAAUAUGGGUGGAAAAUCAACUUUGAUGAGACAAGCAGCCUUACUGGUUAUUCUAGCUCAUCUAGGUUGUCGUAUACCAGCUAAAUCAUGUAAACUAACUCCUGUUGAUCGUAUCUUUUCUCGUCUCGGUGCAAGUGACAAAAUGCUUUCUGGUGAAAGUACUUUCUUGGUUGAGUUAUCAGAGACUGCGUCUAUUCUGCGUCAUAUCACACCGCACAGUCUUGUUUUGAUGGAUGAAUUAGGUCGUGGAACUUCAACUCAUGAUGGAGUAGCUUUAGCUGGUGCUGUUCUUUCUUUCUUAGCCAAACCUAACGGGAAAUUCGGUGAUGGUUGUGGACCUAGAACUUUGUUUUCAACGCAUUAUCACAGCUUGGUAGAUCGAUAUGCUAAUCUCAACCGAUCCAUUUCUAAUGAAGAUGUUGAUGAAUUGUGUAUUGGCUUGGGUCAUAUGGCUUGCAUGGUGGAAGAAAAAUCGGAAACAGAAUCUGGUUUGGAAAAUAUUACUUUCUUGUAUAAAUUUAUUCCUGGUGCCUGUCCGAAGAGUUAUGGUUUCAAUGCAGCUCGAUUAGCUCUGCUGCCGGAUGAGGUUAAUCGAUUGGGUCUAACAAAAGCGAAGGAAUUCGAGAAAACAACAGCAACUUUUGCCUGUUUGAGGACAUUGUUACAAGGACGAAUGACUAUUGAGGAAUUGAGACAGUGGAGUUCUAAAUUGAAAACAUUUUUAUAA